AUGUCGAGCAAAUCGUCGCUAAUUUUCCAGAUUAUGAGGUUUCCCGUGGAGUGCACGCUGACCAACCGUGUGGCAUCGAACGGGUCGAACUUGAGGUCCAGCACGGCCGAGGCCGUGGCAACGGAGCGGACCUUCGCAAGCGAGUCUGUGCAGGUCCAGAUCUCUAUGGAGCCAUCUGUUGGCCAGAAUCCCACCUUGCAAGAGAUUAGCGAGUUGCAAGAAACAGCUCCUAGCGAGCUGACUUUCGACAACUUCGCCAAGAUCGUCAACAGAGAGGGCGGGUUCAAGAAGGCAGGCCAGCCAGAAGACUACAUUAAGGCGUUCCAGAUCUUUGACAAGAACCUGACCGGAUUCAUUGGUGUUGGAGAACUCAAGUACAUUCUCACGUCUGUUGGCGAGAAAUUGAACGAGAGCGAGGUGGACGAGCUUUUGAAGGGCGUCAACGUCACCGACGAGCAGACCGUCGACUAUGUCGAGUUUGUCAAGAGUAUUCUGGCCCAAUAA